AAUGCUGGGAGUUGAAACUGCGGGUCUCUUUCUCUCAUCAUGCACCGGGCGAAGCAUGAGAAAACUCAAUAAUUCUGCUUCUCUUCAAUCCACAUAUCUGAUCUUUCCUUCACUCUGAAUCCAUAGGACCACUUUCUAGGGUUUUGAAUAAGGGAUAAAGUUAAAGCUGAUCAUUUCUGGUUAUACACACAUUCCUAUGCACAUCCAAUCACCAAGACUCACUUCACUUCUUCCUUUUAUCUGAGAAUACAGAGGAGGGAUUGCUUGCUUCCAAGCAGUCUCUGGGACUUUCCUGAGCUCUGUCCUCCUCUUGGGCCAGUGUGAAAACGCGAUCCUAAGGGGAGGAAUUGUUUGGAUGUAGCAAGAGCUUUGCGGGGAGAGAUGUUGGCGAUGGAGAAGGAUUUUGAUUCCAAGUUGAAGAUUCAGAGUAGUCCGUCUGGUGAUGGGAGUGUCCAGAGAUCUCAGAGCAUUCCUUUCCGGGCUCCUCAGGAGAAUUGCUCCAUCCAGGAUUUUGAAUUGGGAAAGAUCUACGGCGUUGGUUCUUAUUCUAAGGUUGUGAGGGCAAAGAAGAAGGACACGGGAUCUGUUUAUGCAUUGAAGAUCAUGGACAAAAAAUUUAUCACCAAGGAGAACAAAACAGCUUAUGUGAAGUUGGAACGGUUAGUGCUUGAUAAAUUGGAUCAUCCUGGCAUUGUGCGGCUGUUUUUCACAUUUCAAGACACUUUUUCUCUGUACAUGGCACUUGAAUCCUGUGAAGGCGGAGAACUUUUUGAUCAAAUAACCAGGGUAAGCUAACAUAAGACUCAAGGC